CGCGCCAGGCAGCCUCCACUACGUGCCGAGUCCUCGUCGCGAGUGCAUGCGCGACGCGCUGCCGCCGAUAACAUUCAACACUUUUACUUGUUAUAAAUUCAACCGCGAACCUACCUACACACGGAAACUGUCACUUUCGCCCCAGAUCCGAAUCCGAAUAAAUUUCCAACUAUGAUAACACUGUGAAAAAAAUUGUGCACUAUAAUUUGGCUUGCCCCAACUACACCACCCCAAGUAAAAUGCCCCAGUGGGCCAGCGGAGAAGGGGGUGGCUCAGAAGCAGAGUCUCCGGGCAAAAUUAUGGUCUUCUAUGAUGAAGCUUCAGAGUAUUACGACAACAAAAUUGACGUUGGCGUUAAAAUAGAGCCAGCGGGAGAGUUCUACGACAGCGGCAGCGGUAGCAGUGGUAGCGACGAGCAGGUGCGCCGGAUUGCCCGUCCCAGGCGGGCCGCGUCCGGAUCCCCACCGAGCUCGACGACGAGCAACACCGUCACGGGGCCGGGCCGCCGGCGAAGAUGCGCUGUGUCAGCGCGCGAACGGAACAUCCGCCGCCUCGAGAGCAACGAGCGCGAGCGCAUGAGGAUGCACUCACUUAAUCGCGCAUUUGAGGAGUUGCGCCGAGUAAUACCUCAUGUCAAAAAAGAUAACAGGAGCUUGUCUAAAAUUGAAACAUUAACACUGGCCAAAAACUACGUUAAGGCUUUAACUAAUGCAAUUUGUACAAUGAGAGGGGAAAAUCCACGAUAUCAAUUUACUACUGAAGAUGAGAACGUGGAGCCUUCUUUCGUGCUAAGCCGUGAACAGGAGCAGAACAAUAACAUGAUGGAAGAAGAUCGUGAGGUUGAUCCGGUAGCCGUGCCGGACAACUUCUGACCUCGGCGCAGCGCCCGUCUCGGACGAUUCGUUGUCAACGAUUGCGCCGCCUGCUAUAAGGACGACGCUAAACGCCACUAAACCGAAAAAAAAACAAGUGACACCAGCCCCACUACGUAACGACUUUCCAUUUCAAGUGCGAUUUGUUAAAACCACGUUUAGUAUUGCUGCAUCCGAAUGAUGCCAUUAUUUUUGUAAUCGACUUUUGAGAGUUAAAAACGGUUUAGGUAAAAGUAUAUUGGUAUUAAUCUUUUUGUACGAUGUAAUAACUAAUUUUAGUCUUACCUAUAUAAUUCAAAGAAUCAGAUUGAUUUUGAUCAACUUUUCUGUACAAUAAUCAGAGCUAUUUUCUUUAACGAGUAGGCACGUUAAAAAUGCUGGUUUGUUAGAUCUCAUUAAUUAAUUUUCCACGGUUAAUCAAAUUGCAAGGGAUCAUGUUUGUUCGUACGCGCGCGUACGGUAGCGGUAGCGUAUUAAUAUAGAUUAAAUAGAAAGCCACUAAAUUUUAUAUAAAUUAUUUUGUGAUCAUUUGUUUUGCGUAGAGAUUUAUUUUUGGUUCGUUUCUUUUGUUUAUGUUUAUAAAUGUUAUGUAAAAUAAUAGAUGUAUUAAAUUAUUGUUGGUAGAAGAAAAUUAAUUUUAUGUAAAUAAACUGAAAAUGUUAAAAUAACUCGGAAAUUCGUAGAUCUUUCUGGAUAUUUCUAUAUAGGUUAAUAAGGAAUAUUAUAUCAAGUGUGUGUUUAUAGGAUUUCGAUUUAUUUUUAAACAAUAAUUUUAUUGCAUCAAUUGUCGACUGUAUAAUCAUUGGAAUAAGUUCCAUUUAAAAUGUGAUUCAUAUUUUUCAUGCAUUUUAUAUCAUUACUUUCAAGAUAUUUGUUUAUUUACAAUUCAUUACAUAGUAUGAACUGGCACUGAAAAUAUUUUUCAUAAUCUUAAUUACUUAUUUACAAACAUAGUGGGCGCUUCUCAGUACCUGCUCAAAAAAAGUUUUGUAGUAAUGUUGUAACAAGUUCACAUCGUUACAUACACCAAGCUGAAAAAUAUUAAUUCCUAGACAUUACAUUAGUAAAGAUAAAAAGGGUAUACCUAUAGUAAUAGGUGUAUAGUAUUGCGAACCGAUGGCGUAGCUUCUUGACUAGACUGAAUAAAUGAAUUUUCAUUAACACCAUCAUAGCUAGGGUAUAAAUGUUUGUGUUUAUCACACAAACGAAUACCUAUCACUGCCAGAAUUCGAACCCAGGACCUUUCAGGAUCGUUGUGCUUGCACUAUCCAACUAUUAACAAAAGUAUCUUAGAUGAUGCUACGAUUCAACACAGCUCAUAAACUCUUUACUGGUGUGUGUAAUGUUAUGUAAAUAUUUAACUACUGCUUGAAUUCUGAAGCACAAGCACGAACUUUGUCCGAUCCGUAAUCAUAUCGAAACUUAGAUUAAAACAAAAAGGGAAGAUACGGUACGCUCAUACUAGCAUCAAAUAAAAUAUGAUCCGACUCAACUACUUACAACUCUCCCACACGCACACGUCUGUAAAUAACAUUCAAUCGAACGAGCGAGGCAGAACUGCAGGCCAAUUAUGCUCGUUCAUUGUAAUAUUGUUUUGAUGUCAAUUUCACAUUACGUAUUAUGCUCUCCGAAAAAAUGCGAUAUCAAAAUGAUAUCAUCUAGACAUCUACUUAUGCGUAUUAUGAUCAAGUCUUUAAAUGAUAUCUACUUGAUAUCACCUUAAAUGCGUAUUACUUCAACUUUUUGACUUAAAACAGUAUCGCAUAAACGUCAAAAAUGUGAUACAGGAUAUGAUAUUGAUAUGAUCUUGAUGUGACAUAGGAAUGUUUCAUAAUACCAUUUAAAAACAAUGCCAACUUGGCAUCAACAUCAUAUUGACAUCACAUUAGGAUUAUAUCACUAAAGCUUAAUUGACCCGCUGUACGCUUCAACUCAGAACGAGCAAAACGGCGAAUCCGCUUCCGAGUGUGAACGGCUGAGCUGUAUUGUUUUCCCUUUCUUGAUUACAAAAUUCCGAUUACGUAAAUAACAUUCACGACAAACCGUGAUUUUUGAAAAAAAAAAUAUUUUACAGUUUUACGAAUGGGAAGUGUUGCCGAGGCAUUUAUUAUUUGAUUUUGAACUUUGAUUUUUUUUUGAUUUUUGUGUUCUUUUUAAAAGCAUCUAAGGCAUUGUUUUAUAUUUUUAACACAGAAUAUACGCAAUAUUGUUAUGUUGAGUGCACAUGCAGCGUGUUUGAAUGUCCAUUGUGACUACAGCGAAUUGUGAUCGUCCACAACAAGUCCACAACAAUUUAAGCGGAUCACUUUUUGUUCGUACAUCUGGUAGGGGCGCUGCUAAGUUUUCAUAGAAACUUUGACAAUAUGAUACGAUUACGGUAACCCCUGGCACACAAAUUCGAAUCGUUUGCGAGUCCGAAAUGUCAUUGUCAAAUGUGUAUUGAUUUUUAACACAUUUGACAAUGACAUUUCGUACUCGCAAACGAUUCGAAUUCGAUAUUGGUUCGUGCUAAGGGUACGGAGCAGUCAAAAGUUCGUGCUUCGGCCUGAGAACUCUAGUAGUUACAAUCAUCACUAUAUUAAAUUCAGUGAAAAUACAAAAAAAAAAUGUUAUUUGAAGCACAAUAUUAUCUAGUAUUGUAGUAUUUUUUGAAUACUUAUAUGUUUUAUAUAAACUCAUGGUGCCAAAAUAAUGUUAAUAUGUACCAAAUAAAUCGUAGGUAAUUUUGCGGGUAGGUAAAUAACCUAGGUACCUACAAAUAUUCUGUCACAUAACAUCAUUUAAAAAUAUAUAUGAUGAAACAUAAGUAGCCUUAAAAUUUCAUUUCCCUUCUAAAAAUUAACAAAAACGUUAAAGUUGUUACACAUGUGUAUCACGCUAUAUUUAUUCUUAACAAAAUAGGUAUUAAUUUUAACGAAUUAUUUAAUAAAUACAAUUAAAUAAUAUUAUGAAAAUGUUUAUUUUAUUAAAUAUUUGAAUAUAAAGAUCUUUACAAGAUAAAUCUGCUGUCAAUUGAGUUUCAAUUAAGAACUUAAUUAAAUUAUUGUACAGUAUAAGUAGGUACUCGUACUUCCGUAAAUAUGUAUUGAUAUACUUUAUAUGGAUUUUAUCAUCUAAUGUUACUCUGGGUAGGAGUAUAAAAAUGAAAAAUGUUUUUAUUUAGGUAGGUAGUCUAUCUUGAAACGAAAUCUCACGCUGUAGCUACCAUCCAUGGAAUUCAUUACUGUUAUUUAGAAUUUAUUAGGAAACUAAUGAGUCAUUAGUUUAAUUUCAAGAAGCAGGUAUGCUUUACUUCCGUUGGAAAGCCGGAAAAUAUACAAAUAUUUUAUGGAAAACAACCUUGAAAACAUUAUAAACCAUAAAGUAGCGCAAACAUUUGUAGGCACCACUUAAGUGAAGGUAGUAGUAGAAGAUUGAUUUAUUGGUGUUCAUUUAUAUCCUUUAAGAAAUUGCUAUGUAAUAGCAGUGAUGAGUGUUCUUGUUAUUAAUAAACAUAUACAUAUGACAAACGUAAU